GCUGCUGCGUUUCAAGGGCCACGUUUAAAAAGAGAGAAAAAGUCUGCAUCUAAAUAAAGCUAAAAUAAUUAAAUUCUGACAUUGUCUCAUAUUUAGGUGUGGCUUUAUUUUGAUAGGAUGGCUGUGGACCACACUAUGGAUAAAUCUAUAGGUGGUGGCUCUGGAUUCCUUAUUGCUUCUACGCCUUGUCUAUCACACUUUUUCCUUCCAACAAACUUUCCUUUAGCAUGCAUGGAUACAGCACUCGAUGAACCACCAGCCUUGUGUAAUACUUCAAUUUUAUAACAAAUAGAAUGAGCCAGAAUUGUCAAAAGGAACUAAAAAAAAUGCUUACAAUCAGUCUGUGUGUAAUGAAUCUAUAUUGUAUCUAAGUUUCGCUUUUUGAUUUGAUUUAUUAAAAAAAAUGACUAUCUGGUGGUAAUCGAAUUUAUUAAACACCUUUAUGGAACUGUAUCUCUUUUUCAGGUACAAACAAACCUUCCUCUAUCUAUGACCAUGUCAACAAUGAGAAAAAACAAUCCACUUUGGGGAAAAAUGAAAGUCCAUCCAUGAUUAAACCCGGGGCUUCACCUUUCAUCCAGAGCACUGAUGAUUCUGGCUCUCAUUCUUCACACAAUACAUUAGAAAGUUUACACAAUAUGCCCUCAAAACCUUUUUCAAACGUAUCCAGCCAACACUCGGGGGCUCUCUCUGGCUAUUUGAACUCUGCCCCGCCAAAUUAUUCCAAUAGCUCAAAAGUUGUUGUGGAGCCAAACAAUCCUGCAGAGUUAAGCAUCGACCAGCAAAUUGAACCCACAAUCCGUCUGUUCACCAUGGACAAGUUGGAUCAUGCUAGGUUUAGUAUUAUUGAGGCCCACUUGGAGCAGCUGAAAGAGAUGGAAGCUAUAUGUCACAAAGAGGGGGAACUUCUGUGCCAGCAGCAUGAUAUGGCAUUUGUGGAAUUCGUCCACAAGCUGGCAGAGAUCCUUGAAAGAAAGGCGCGAUGUGUACACAGCAUGAGAGCUCAGCUGAGGGCAUGUCUGAAGACUAACCAUCACCCCACACAAGAUGAUUAUGACAAUGCAAUUAUGAGCUCAUAUCUCAUGGAGAGAAAGAGCCUCCCCAGACUGGGGAUUUUGACCCAGGACCUUCACGCUACUAGGCAACAACGCAAUUAACUGAGCUACUGUGGAGCGGGGAAUUUUACUUCUAAAUUUUCCACAUGAUGAUAUAACAAAGCGGACGUGAUUGGAUACAACUGCAACUCGGCCACAAAGUUUUAUCCCUCUUGAAAUCGCAGAGCGGUGUCAGCAGAAGUUACACUGAAAGGAACUCUCAAUGUUGCAGCAUAACAAGACAUUUUGGACUAUUUCAUGUUCCCAACUCUAUAGGAACAGUUUGGGGAUGCCGCUUCUCCUGUUCUACAAUGAAUGCUCACCGCUGCACAAUGGACGUGAAUGAGCAAGCUUGGUGAGAUGGAACUUGACGGGCCUGAACAGAAUCCUGACCUAAAACUGAUAAAACAUGUUUAGGGAUUCAGUAGAUUGGAGACUGCAGGCCAGGCUUUCUCAUUCAACAUUUAAAGGCAGUGAAUACAUUUGGCAAAUUUGUUUUAAAAUGUGUUACACUAUUAUUAAACUAUGAUGGUAAACUUUA